UUGCGCCGCGUUGGGUGGUGGUUACCGGGCCACAGCGGCAGGAGGAGCGGCGGCGGUCCAGCGUGAGGGGCGGGCAGCUCGGCGUCCUCCUCGGCUCGGCCUGGCCCAGCGGCCCCGGCCAUGGAGUCCUACGAUAUCAUCGCCAACCAGCCCGUGGUCAUUGACAACGGUUCAGGAGUGGUCAAGGCUGGUUUUGCUGGAGAUCAGAUCCCGAAAUACUGCUUCCCAAACUAUGUGGGCCGUCCAAAGCACGUCCGGGUUAUGGCCGGGGCACUCGAAGGAGAUCUCUUCAUUGGACCUAAAGCAGAGGAGCAUAGAGGUUUGCUAUCCAUCCGGUACCCGAUGGAACAUGGCAUCGUCCGGGACUGGAAUGACAUGGAGAGGAUCUGGCAGUACGUUUAUUCCAAAGAUCAGCUGCAGACGUUCUCGGAAGAGCAUCCAGUUCUUCUGACAGAAGCCCCUCUAAACCCCAGCAAAAACCGGGAGAAGGCUGCCGAGGUUUUCUUUGAGACCUUCAACGUUCCCGCUCUCUUCAUCUCCAUGCAAGCUGUCCUCAGCCUUUAUGCCACAGGCCGCACUACAGGGGUGGUAUUGGAUGCAGGGGACGGCGUGACACAUGCGGUGCCCAUCUACGAGGGCUUCGCUAUGCCCCACUCAAUCAUGCGGGUAGACAUCGCUGGACGGGACGUUUCCCGUUACCUCCGCCUGCUGUUACGGAAAGAAGGCUAUGACUUCCACACCUCAGCUGAGUUUGAGGUGGUUAAGACAAUAAAGGAGAGAGCUUGCUACUUGUCUAUCAACCCUCAGAAGGAUGAAGCCCUGGAGACAGAAAAGGUGCAGUACACGCUGCCCGACGGAAGCACUUUAGAUGUUGGCCCAUCCCGGUUCCGAGCCCCCGAGCUUCUCUUCCAGCCGGACCUAAUAGGAGACGAAAGCGAAGGGAUCCACGAAGUGCUGGCGUUCGCCAUCCAGAAAUCUGACAUGGACCUCAGGCGGACGUUGUUUGGAAACAUCGUCCUGUCUGGGGGAUCUACGCUCUUCAAAGGUUUUGGGGACCGGCUACUCAGUGAGGUGAAGAAACUUGCUCCAAAGGACGUCAAAAUUAAGAUCUCUGCUCCUCAAGAGAGAUUAUACUCCACAUGGAUUGGUGGCUCCAUUCUGGCCUCCCUGGACACGUUCAAGAAGAUGUGGGUGUCCAAGAAGGAGUACGAAGAGGACGGCUCCCGGGCCAUUCAUCGGAAGACGUUCUAGGGCAAGGGUGGGGGGCGGAGCAGCAGCUGGUGUCUGUGGGCGACUCAUCCGGGCCAUGUCUUUUCUCUCUUAACCCUUUCUCGUCCGGGGCUGUUCCCUCCCUGCUGCUUGGGGCCUCUUCUUGCCUUCCUCCGGGGCCUCGCGCUUUCCUGUCUUGGUUCCCCAUCCGAUGCAUGUUGCUCACGCGCGUGCCCCCCUGCCCGCCUCGGGAGGGAGGUGCCGCUCUAUUUUGAGGCCUUGGCUGUGGUGGAGGAGGGCAGCGGCCCCAGCCAGGGAGGGAACUCGAAGCUCCAUUCCGCUCUGACCCGUCCCAUAUAGCAGUGCUGCUGUUUGACCUGGGGCUCGUUGUGCCUACCUUACAAGUGGGGUGGGGGCGAGGAGGCCACUUCCCUUGGCCGGGAGCUGUGUGCUUUGCAGUUGGUUGGAGAAAUUGUGAAUGUCCACGUGUCCCAAAGAGGAAUCAGCCGACCUGUUAAUGUGGUUGCCCGGAGCAGCUGCCUAGCCCACCUCGAGACCGGAGAGGACACGGGCCUGCCUCUGCCAUCUUUGUCCUUCUCUUGUCAACUCUGCAACCCCCCUGCCUCUGGAGCAGGAAGAUAUGCCAAGUGUUUUCCCACCUGCCUGUCGGAAAGGUCUAGCCUCUAGGGCCCCUUCAGGGUGGUCCGUGCCAAGGUUACUCAGUGAUUGCUGAGGAACUCUUCCCUCAGCAAAAGCCUGCCCCCCCCCCCCUGCACUCUUGGAGGGUUCUCCCACCCCAGAUUCGAUGAGAAAAAUAAGAUCAGAGUGAGAGAGGCAGGGUCAAUAUCUCUUGGUGGAAGAGGUGCGCUUGAGUGUCACUAGGGAAACAGGGCAGGGGGGUUUCUUUCCUUUCCUCUAGCUUGUCCAGUCUCAGGGGAGUAGGGCUAGCAAGCGAAUAGUUAGGAGCCUGUAAUACUCUUUAAAAGGAGGUUGGGGUGGGCCCAGUGGGCGUGUCUUUUGAGGCUGGUGGCUCUUGAGGUCCGGCACGCACGGCAGAAAACUUUCGUUUGUAGAAACUGUUGCAGAGAGAGCUGCAGUCCAGCCUGGUGUCCUUCCGAUGCAUUGGACUUGCAGCUCCCAUAAUUCCCAGCCAGCAUGGCCAACGGGAGUGGCAGCCCAACGCGUCGGGAGGACACCAGGUUGGGGAGAGCCGCCAUCGACGCUCAGCCUCCCAGCAUCCAAGCAAUGAGGGAGAACAUUGAGUGUUGGCUUCUCUACUACACCAGUGGCCAAGUGGGAGCGGAUGGGGACGGACCCACUUUAAGGGCCUUUGAGUGAGAAGAGCCGAAUGCUGCCCACCUGGCGGCCAUCGCUUCUGUGGCUUUCCCCUAGCCCAGCUGCCUUCCAGGGUUGGGGUGAGGUUGGGGCAGGGGAGUUCAGGUGAGAUAAUGGGAAAAUUCCGCUGCCACGCUCUGCCUAGAAACUAGGCCUGCCCACCCUCCGCUCCUGCACUUUCUGUUACCGAAAGACGGGGCCUCCCUUUCACGUCUAGCUUGGCACAUGGAUACUCUUUUGAGUUUUCCUUGGCAGCUCCUCUAGCAAGGGCAGCUUUUCUCCCCACCCCAUGUUGGAGCUGCCCGACGUUCCUCUCUUCCAUCUCCUGCUUCUCAGCAGUUCUGGGUGGUGCUCCCAUGUUUAUAGCAUACGGUUCUAUUAAAAAAAAAUUGAAUCAAAA